GGCUCCGCGCGCUCAUCAUCGCUGCCUCUCGCGCACAUGGGGGGCUAAUCACCAACAAGCUAAUUGCUAGCUGUUUUUAGCCGAGGAAUGAAAACCCGGGAAUCACCACCGCCGGUUCACGUGCACGUACCGGAGACCACACCUGUACAUGUUCAUAUGAGGAGAAGUCCCAGCAAGACACCACAGAGUCGGACAAAAGACACUCAGGUGAAGGGAGACGGAGGGAGGCCAAAGGUGCGGACGCCGUGGAUUCCUCCAGGACGACUGUCCUGCAGAAGAGACGUGGGCUCCUACAAGUGCCAGAGAAGCAGAUCGCAGCAUCGAUCAGAGCGCGAUGAAGAGGAGCAGGAAGAAGAGCUGGACGCUGUAUCCAAAAACCUCAGCGUCCUACUCAGAGAGCAAGAGAGCAUUCGGAAUUUAAAGAAGUCGGACUCAAAGGCUCAACACAGAGAGACAGACGUGCUCCUGAGGGCGCUCGUAGAGGCGGAAAUCGACGGCGUAGCGGUGGCGAAUCAGCUGACGGCUCUGAAGGAAACUAUCGACAGCCUCGCUAAGGACAAGCGGCUGUCAAAGCUGCACGCAGCGUCAGUGACACGGCAGCAGGAGCUGCUGCUGGAGAAGAUCGAGAUGUUUGACAACACCAAUCACAGCCUGCGAGAGCUGCUCAGAGAGUGGAGCGAGUCCGAGAGAGAAUCACUGUUGUGGUCAGAUCAGAGAGACGCCAUAAAGAAGAGACUGACCGACACUGAGGCGGAGAACAUUCGACUUUUAGCCAAACUGACCAGCAAAGAGAAAGAGGCGUCUAAGCUGGCGGAGCAUUUGGACUUUGAAAAGGACAAUGCAAAGACGGCGGAGGAGCUUUCAAGAAUCCUGCAGUCGACCGGCGACCAUCUGGAGUCAGAGCUGAGCAGAGCAGAAGCAGAAAAGGUCCAUCUGGCUGCUCAGAUUCAGAGGAUGCAGCGGAGCCAGGAGCAGCAGCAGGAGGAGCUCCGGGCUCUGCAGGAGGAGCUGCAGACUCUGAGGCAGCGGAGAGAGGAGGAGGAGAAGGAGGAGCAGAGGAGGCAAGAUCAAGAGGCGCUGGCCGCGCUGACCCAGCACGCCGAGCGAGCCGAAGAGUCGGCCAGGCAGCUCGCUGUCAAACUGCAGGAGAAGGAAUCCCAGUUGGCUCAAGCUCUGUCCACGUCCAGCGACUGGUGUCUCCGUCACUCUAAAGAGGCAGCUGCUAAAGGACAGCUGGACGAGGAAAUCUCUGCUCUCAAACUUCAGGUGGCCGAGCUCGACUCGCAGCUUCAUUCAGCGGAGGAGAGGAGUCGCACGGAGAGGGAGGAGCUCCGGGAGCAGCUGCAUCAUCUCAGCGCCGAAAACGCCUCCACCAAGCUGGACAACCAAAGACUUAAGGGUCAGCUGACGUCCUCCGAGGAGAAGCUCGGCGCUCUGCAGUCUGACGCCCGUCGACUGAAGUCGUCAAUCAAGAAGCACGAAAACCUGGUGGAGAAAUACAAGAGGAAGGUGCAGCAGGUGCGUCUGGAGUCAGAUGAGUACUGCCUGCAGCUGGAGGCGACACAGAGGGAGGCGCGGGAGGUGAAGGUGAGCCUGGAGAGGGAGGCGGAGCAGGUGAGGAGGGAGCUGCUGGGCCGGCUCAGGGAGCUGGAGACGCUGCCCGACAGACUGAGGAGGACGGAGGAGCAGCUCAGAGACGCCCGGCAGGAGGCAGACGCCCACGAGAGGAGGAACGAGGAGCACAACUCGGCUCUCUCUGAAGUCAGACGCAAGGUGGAACAGCGAGGCGCUCAGCUGGAGACGCUCCAGCAGAAGAACCUGCUGCUGCAGGAGGAGAACAACGUUCUCAAAGAGAAAAUUCACAACUUAGAGAGGAGGCUGGAGGACAUGACGGCAGAAAACAAAGACAAGUCUCAGGCUCUCCUGUCAAAGGACGCCAGUGUCCGCAGCGCUCAGCAGCAGCUGGACGAGAAGACCCGCGAGUGCAGCGUCCUGUCCAGACAGCUGCAACAAACUCUGGAGGACGCACAGAGACAGGUGGACAGCAGCAUGCAGCGGGUUUUGGCCAAAGAGAGAGCGUCUCAGUCUAAAGCGUUGGACCUGCAGAGCCAGCUGAGCCGAGCCAAAAGCGAGCAGAGUCAGCUGCAGCGAAGCAAGGAGGAGAUGGAGCGUCGUUUCCAGAGUCAGCUGCAGAGCAUGAAGGACAGGCUGGAGCAGUCGGACUCCACAAACCGCAGUCUGCAGAACUAUGUUCAUUUCCUCAAAACCUCCUACGGAAACGUGUUCGGCGACUCUAUGAUUGCAAGCUGAAGGCAAAAAACCCAACCAGCAUUUAUACAUUCCCAAAGCAUUGUAGUAGACCUAAAUGACGUUUAUUGAUUACGAUUGUUGAUUUUAGAAUUUUAUACUGUAUAUGAAAUUAAAACUGUUAUAAAUGAAAUGAUUUUAAAUUAG